AUGGUAGAACGAGAAGUCACCAUCUUCUGGAAAGAUCACGGCAAGUUAUUCGUUUGGAAAACACUAGAUCUUCCAGGAAAGGAUGCCGUCUGGAUUCAGGGUGACAAUAACAAGAUCGAGCCCGCUAGCACGGAGUCCUUUGGCUCGCGAGAAGCUUUCCAAUUUCUUGUAAACUGCCUUCAAGCUACCGAAUCGUCCGAGAAGAGACUCGUAAGACUCAUUGCCCCUUUACAGAGAGGCACAGUUACCAGGUCAGAUAUCAUCCCUCUUCGUCUUAAGGGUUCCUUCGGUAUCGAACAGGUGGUGUCCUUCUUAGCGCCGCUCCAAUCGCUUUCAGGGGAGGCUGUUUGUUUAGAUGCAGUUUCACUCCCUAAACUAUUUCGCUCCUCUGCUGGGGGGAUAUUGCUACAGCAAUCGUUUUCAGGGGCCGACGUGGAUUCAGCAGUACCUGUUGUACCUCCGGAAUUCGAGGCUGAAUUUGAAAAUAAGAUGUCUCUGCCCUGGGUUCUACCGAGAUCGACCACUCGGAAGCGACUUGUUCUCGUUGGCAUUAGCUACCGUGCACCGUCUCAGGGGUCGUGGACCGUAUAUGCGUGCGAAGCAGCCCGUGCCCUUGGGAUUGACCUCGUUAUUAUUGACAAACCUGGAUGCUGGAUCGAACGGAGCGAAUAUUCACAGUGGCACGAGGCAUUCUUGCCUGCUGGUACUUGGUGGACGAACCCGCCUAGCCACGAGAUGGCAGACCGUAUCGUCGAGACAGUUAAGUCGUAUGGCAAGAAGAUCGAUGGUAUCGUUGCUUUUAUAGAUUCGUUUCAAGUUACGGUCAGCCGAGCAGCGGAGAAGCUUGGCCUCCCGCACCAGCCCGCCGAGUCGUAUGAGAUCGCAACCGACAAAUAUCAAGUAGGCAUCGCCGAAGGUCGUAAUCCAUUCUACGGCUCGACAGCUGAGGAGGCACUAGACUUUGCCUCAGCGAAGAACCUUUCAUAUCCCUUAAUUCUCAAGCCGUGCCUAGGCCUUAACUCAGAAGGGAUCGUGCGAGUGAACAACGCAGCAGAAAUCCAAGCCGGGGUAGAAAUGAUACAAAAGACUUUCUUCAAAUCAUUCACGAUGGAAAAGUAUUGUGAUGGCCCGGAAGUCGAUGUUAAUAUGAUCUUACUGGAUGGCGAAAUACUCUUCUGCGAGAUCUGCGACGACUUCCCAAAGCCGGGAGAUCAAAGCGACAUAACAGUUCCCGCUUCUCAAAGAAGCUUCCUAGAGACCUAUCUUGUCCACCCAUCCGCUCUUCCAUCUUCUGAGCUUGAGAUGCUUCAUAGUUCUAUUGGCGAAACUUUACGGCGGAUUGGAAUUUCUAGUGGCGUUCUACACGUGGAAGCUCGAGUUCAGCGAUCAUCUGUUGAAUACCGCUCUGAUGAUGGCAUUCUAGAUCUACAGCCAAUUGAAAAAGCGACAACAUCCGUUCCUCCAACUCCUUGGAUCUUGGAGAUCAACCCACGACCUCCGGGAUCUACUGCCAGCCGUAUCGUCGUCAGUCUAUGGAAUUGA